CGCCAUUGUCACAUGAUGCAUGAUAUACGGACUGUAUCUAUAACAAGGAGGCAUCCUCUACGUCUAGAGGAAAGAAUGUUUCUACACAAGCACAGACGGGGGUUCUUUACUGUAAGAGCAGUGAGACUGUGGAAUUCUCUCCCGGAGGAGGACAAGAUGUGUGACGGCGACGUGAACCCUGCUGCGGUCCCUACGCCUAUGCCUGAUGGUCAUGGGGAUGGACGAUGGCUAUCUAUGCACAAUAACUUUGUGGCCAGCAGCAAAGACAAAGAGCCAGAGGUUGUAUUUAUCGGAGACUCCAACGUGCAGCUGCUUCAUCAGCUAGAGAUCUGGAGGGAUCUCUUCUCUCCUCUACACGCCCUGAACUUUGGCGGAUUGAGCGAUGGCACCCAACACGUCCUAUGGAGACUGGAGAACGGGGAGCUGGAUCACAUUAGACCAAAGAUCAUUGUGCUUUGGGUGGGCACGUAUAAUUUUUGUCACACAGCGGAGCAGAUUGCCGGCGGAGUCCAGGCCAUUGUGCGGUGCAUGGAGCAGAGGCAACCACAAGCCAAGGUCAUUGUGCUGGGUUUGUUACCUCGAGGGCAACACCCCAAUCCCCUGCGGGAAAGGAACAGGAGGGUGAAUGAGCUUCUAAUAGAGGGGUUGCAGCCAAUGGCCAAUGCCAUCUUUUUAGACGUGGAUCCAGGAUUUGUACAUUCGGACGGCACCAUCAGCCACCACGAUAUGAUUGACUACCUGCAUCUGAGCCGGCUGGGAUAUUCUCGCGUGUGUCAGACUCUACACAAAACACUACUCCAACUGCUGGAGGGCAGAGGAACCACCACGAAACAGUAGCCUCUCCAUGGAGAAGACAUAAUUAGAGAUGAGCGAACUUACAGUAAAUUCGAUUCGUCACGAACUUCUCGGCUCGGCGGUUGAUGACUUUUCCUGCAUAAAUUAGUUCAGCUUUCCGGUGCUCUGGUGGGCUGGAA